AUGGACGAACUGUAUCAGCACCUCAAAAUGAUGGACUACAUCAUUAUAUGCCUCACGAACAAGUACCGACUUGUUCACAACUAUGUCAAAGGAGUAGCAGACAUCUUUGCAGUGACGAUUGAUGAAUAUCAUAAGCUCAUUCAGAAGAUCACUUCUCUGUACAAAGAGAGCCUUUACAACUCGGUCCAUGCUAACCUCGUCCAGCUGAGGAAAGAUGUGGAGAGGCAACGGGCGCACGAUAAAAACCUCACGGAGAUAAAAGAGAAUCUAAGGAGGGCAAUCAAACUGACCAAAACGGGUGACAUUUGCGCUGCAGUGGAAGCUGAAGAGAAGAGGCAAAUUCAAAUAGACACCACGCUCAAAAUGGACCCCCCCUACGACACGGCAGCCCUGUACAAAUUUAGGCACUACAGGAACGCCUUCCUCAAGAGGUACUCGACGAUAACGAAGAACGGCAACUACUUGAAUGCAAAUGAGCAAAGGAAACGCUUUCUGCGGAAGUUGAAGAGAUCGGCGAAGGUCACCCAAGGGAGGACAGACCAAGCCGAUGGAAUCUUCAAAGACGAAUACAAAAAUAUGAGUAGAAUUGUGAUUGAAAACCACAUCUUUAGAGAGUCCCAGCAACUGAAGGAGGUAUUAAUUGCAAAUAAAUUUCUCCGCAAAGCCAAGGGCAUAGUGAACGACGUGCCUCAGUUUCUGUGUAAGAUUAUAGAAGAAUUCGAGAAGACGGAGUCGGUUGCGCAGGACAACAUGUACCUCUUCGUCUUGCUGGCUCUGAACAAGUGGCUGAAGAAGAUAGUCUCCGAGUGCGAGCGCUUCAUCUCAUUGAACAAGACCAAGGGGUACAAGAAAAAAACGGAGUGCGUGGAGAUUCACAAGAAGAUGAGCGAUUACAUGAAUGACAUCCUGCAGAGGGGAGCCGAGCAGACCAUGGUCUUUAGCGAAGAGAAGGGUGGUCUGUUCCCCUACCCAGAAAACAUCAGUUUCAAUGUGAACACAUCCUUCCUAACGUACUUCUUUCUAUAUAUGAACAAAAACUUAUUCAAUUUUGUGGAGGGUUUCUACUCCACCUCUACGAGGAAGGGGUCGGGACAGAACAAUAAAAAAAAAAGGGUCAAAUUAAUCAAGUGUCAUUCGACAGCAAAGGAGAGUAGCCUCUACAUGAGUAGCGACAUGUACAGCUACCAGUUUCGGAACGAGCACGAGGAGGAUUGCGAGGAGGGGGAGCAGCAGGAGGAGAGGAAGAAGAAUAAGAACAACUGCAAUAAGAACAACCACAACAAGAACAACAGCCACAACAACAGGGAGAACCCCCAUCUGUCCAAUUUGACGUUCCGCAUCAACCGAGAAGACAUGUACCCGAACAUCUUUCUAAUCUGUAAUUAUCUCCUCCUGGAAGAGACAAAAAAAAUCAUCACAUCGAUUUAUCAGAUUCAGAGGGGCUCCUUUGACCUCCUUCUAUGCUACGAUGCUUCCGUGAUUAUUCAGCUGGUGAUCCGUCUGUUUGCAAAUUUGAAGGAGCUCUUCGCCUGGGGCAGCUUCCACAGUUCGGCAGUGACGCAGCUAAUACCGCCAAGCAUGGCGCUAAUACCGCCACACAGGGCCGAAGAGGAAGAAGAACUCGACUGCGAUGACCUCCGCAAGUGCAUUUCCGAAACGAAGAUAAAUUACGUCACCUCAAAUUCAUACGUCAAAUGUGUAGGCCACAUAAGAUUGAUGCUCUUGAAUGUGUUGAAAAUCCUCCAUACGAUGACAAAAGAGAGCGGUACCAGUUCUGUGUGUACCUUCUGGGACAAGGCGCACGUCCUCAUGGGGGGGGAGAACCAACCUGAUGUGGAAUCCCCUGCCCGUGGAGAGGGACGUACUACUGAUACAAACCAACAUCGGGAGAGCUACACACACGAACGAGACCACCUCAUACCUAUAAAAAAUGGGUGCAAUAAAAAAAAUUGCUACUUCUUUUGUAAGGAAAAACGGACUGACGAUCCGAAGGAUGGACUAACGCAACAAACGGAGGAACACACCAAUAGAGCCAUACAAAGGAGGAUUCUAUGUUACGAUUUUUACAAAUCAGUGAUCGACCACAUCAAGGCGGUUAAGGUGCUAAUCGAAAACAGGAGUAACAGGGAGGAGCACACGGGAAUUCUGCUUAAGAGGAACAAUCGGUACAACAUCGACGGAGGAAUUGGCAGAUAUACAAGAUCUGGUGGAGGCACGAAGGGAAAGAACAGUACCCUCGCUCGCGGACGUCACCCAGCAGUGAGGAAGCCCUCCCAAAUGGUUGGCACGGCGACCGGGGUAAGCAACGAGCCGGUACAUCUCGACCCAACAGAUGGUAAAGCCUUCCCUCAAAUUGGAAAUAAACCCAACUGGAAGGGUAAAGCAGCCCAGAGAGAUCGCCCCAGGGCUGCCUCAAAAAAGGGAACCCAGUCAAGUGUUACCCCCUCAGCACCAGCAACAGCAACCCACGCACAAGUGGCAAAAAGGGAGAUGCCCAGAAAUCAGAUCCCCAAAAUGGGAAAAGGACUAUCAUCUACCAGACUCACUUCACAGGAUACACGAAAUAGAACGAAGGCUCCCCCUAAGUCGGUGUUAAAUACGGGGAAGACGAGCGCUGCUUCCUCCAAGCAGUAG